AUGGAGGUUCGUAGUGACAUUUUAGGAGGUGCAAAAAAACCUUCAGUUGCUGCAAUUGAUGGCCUUGCCUUAGGUGGAGGACUAGAGGUUGCAAUGGCAUGCCAUGCACGUAUCUCAACCCCUACUGCUCAAUUAGGCCUACCUGAACUUCAGCUUGGCAUAAUUCCUGGUUUUGGAGAUAUGAUAGCCAUGAAAUCUAGAACAUGUUGCUCCGGAUAUGGUUUGAUCACUGGAAGGGACAGGGUUUGGUUUCAUCUUGCUGAGGCAAAUGGCCCAAAAAAAGGAACACAGAGACUUCCACGUCUUGUGGGUAUCUCAAAGGCCCUUGAAAUGAUGCUGACAUCAAAACCAGUUAAAGGGGACGAAGCUCAUUCUUUGGGCCUCGUGGAUGCUGUUGUUUCACCAAAUGAGUUGGUAAGUACUGCACGUCAGUGGGCUCUGGAUAUCUUGGAGUGUAGGAGACCAUGGAUUGCUAGUCUUUACAAGACCGAAAAAUUAGAUUCCCUUGGUGAGGCAAGGGAAAUAUUCAAGUUUGCAAGAGCUCAAGCCCGGAAACAAGCCCCCAAUCUCACACAUCCUAUAGUUUGCAUUGAUGUCGUUGAACAUGGCAUAGUUUCUGGUCCGCAUGCUGGACUCUACAAGGAGCUUGAAAGUUUCCAAGAACUUGUGCGUUCUGACACAUGCAAGAGCUUGAUCCACAUCUUCUAUGCUCAACGUGGAACAACCAAGGUUCCGGGAAUUACUGAUCUGGGCUGGGUACCUAGACGAGUGAAGAAGGUUGCUGUGAUUGGUGGAGGAUUAAUGGGUUCAGGGAUAGCAACUGCAUUAGUUCUCAGUAAUUAUCCAGUGAUCCUGAAAGAAGUAAAUGAUCAAUUCUUGCUGGCUGGGAUUGGUAGAGUCAGAGGUGGGGCCUGUGCCUUGUCUUAA